AUGGCGCUCGCGUGGCGCCGGCCGCCCCCCAAGCCCCCGCCGUCGGCGCCGGGCCCGCGCGUCCCCCUCCCCUCGAUCGUCGUCGUCGCGCUGCUCCUCCUCCUCCUCGAGCUCCUCCGCCGCCGCCGCCGCCGCGACCCGCCCGCGAUCCGCCGCGCGCCCGCGAGCGUGCGCUCGGUCGCGAUCUACGGCCUCAGCGCCAACCCGCCGACGUCCAAGGGCGGGCACGCGACGCUCGUGCGGAAGCUCGCGGAGGACUUCGACGAGGUGUGGGUCCUCCCCGUGUAUUCGCACGCGUUCGCGGAGAAGGACGGCGAGCUCGCGGCGUACGAGCAUCGACACAGAGUGCGUUCUAUACACUGGUCCCCAUACGACCGCGUUCGCGUGGUGAACGCCGAUCCUUAA